ACGAAGCUCAUAUGGCGCCUGCCUUUGCUGUAAUUAAUCUAAGCAAUUAACAAUAAUACAAGAAAUUCAAUAAAAAUAGUGGUGAAUUUAACGCAUAGCGAUAAAAGUUAUAAAACAUCUUUUUCGAUUUUUGAAUGAUUUAAAUAGUGAAAUAUUGAAUUAAAAUAUAUCUACAAAGUUUUGUAUUCUGUUGCUGACUGUACGAGACGUAAGAUGUAUCUCUCGUUAUUAUUGUGUGUUAUUUUAUUAAUAUGCAUUUACAUCGUGACACUGGCAAUUAGCUGGCGCGCAAGAAAGAAUUAUGCUCACUUGCCGACCUACACCAGCUACCCUUUCAUAGGGGCUAUCUAUAAAUUCUAUGGAGAUACCAAAAAUCUUUUCAAUGUAUUCAACGAAAUGACGAUGAUAGCGGAGAGAAGUAACAAGCCAUUUGCAUUUUGGGCUGGACCAGUUCCCUUGUUGGUACUCAACGACCCAGAUGACAUUCGCGUGGCAUCCAACGCGUUCGUUGACAAGCCCUAUUACUACAGUUUUGCGCGAGUGUGGCUUGGGGAUGGAUUAGUGACAGCGCCGGGUUGGAUAUGGAAGAAGAAUGUGAAGAAAGUAGCCAGCACAUUUAUCGGACCCGCGAUAGACAACUAUCAGUUAAUUUUCAAUGAACGAGCGGACAAAUUGGUAAAGUAUUUGAAGCCUGAAGUCGAUGGUGAUUUCUUUGACUCCAUGCCUCAUUUCUCCUUGUCUACUAUGGAAACAAUAUGUCAAGCCGGACUUGGCGUGUCUAAGAUUUCGGAAAAUUUCAUCACUGGCGCAUAUUAUAAAGCGUUUACCCGUACCUUAGAGCUGAUUAUACAAAGAGGGAUGAAUCUAAUUAUGCACUCGGAGCUCAUAUACCGCCUCACUCCAGCCUACAAGGAGCUGAUGGAAUGCGUCUCCGUGCUGCAUAGCUUGUCGGGUACCGUAAUCGAGGAAAAGAAAAUUGAAAGGAAACUUAAUGAGAGUGGCAACAAAGUUGAUAUAAAGAAUGAGGAAGAAAAGAUCAACGUCAAAUCUUUCUUAGACCUGAUGCUCGACUUGAAUGAAAAGGAUGCAAGUUUUACAGAAAGUCAGGUAUUGGCAGAAAUCAAUACGAUCAUAUUAGCCGGGCAGGAGACUGUCGCCACUACACUCUUUUACACUCUUCUUGUUAUCGGAAGUCGAAAGGACGUUCAGGAGAACAUUCACGCUGAAAUCAAAAGAGUCCUGGGUGACAGGAGAGAUGUUCAAAAGGAUGAUCUUGCGCAGCUAUCAUAUUGCGAAGCUGUUAUUAAUGAGAGUCUCCGAUUGUAUCCACCAGUCGUUGGAGUUCUAAGAUACGCUGAUCAUGAUUUGAAGCUUAAAUCGGUUACAGUAACAAAGGGAACCACUACGGUUCUGAACAUUUGGGGCGCAGCAAGGUCACCCAGGUGCUGGGGGCCUGAUGCUGAGGAGUUCAAGCCAGAGAGAUGGCUCCCUCCCAAUAAUCCAUGCGUCAAUGCCCAUUUACCGUUCAGCACGGGCAAAAGAGCAUGUAUAGGAAAGAGAUAUGCGAUGGCGUUUUUGAAAACAAUAUUAGUGCAUGUACUUCGUCAAUAUGAAAUUAUAUCCCAAGAUAACUUUGAACAAAUGGAAUUCAAAUUGGACGUCGCUCUUCGACCCGUCAGCGGGCAUCUGAUGAAACUGCGGUUAAGAGAUUGAUGUUUGUUUUAAAAUUUAGACUAAUAAUAAUUUAUUUAUGGUAGUUAAGUAUUUCAAAUCAGCCUUAUAUUCCAUUGAAUAUAUAACCCGUAGCUUAAUUAUAAAAUAAUGUAUUAUAUCUAGUACAAAAUGGUAAUAAAGUGAGAUGUUGUUUUA